AUGAAUUCCAGCCCAUCCCCUGGCCCUGCGACGACUCCCGUUCAUUUACACCCCCUUUCGCCUGACGAAGGCGCGUCUCGCAGCGGUCGCAGAACACGAGGCAGCCAGCACUCGGGGCACGCCAGAGCGGCCACAAGCUACUUCGCAGAGAGAGCGAGCCAGGAGAAAGGUGCGCUCCGAACUGGGACCUCUGGCGCGAACUGGGACGGCAGUGUACGGGGCUACGGUAAGGCGGAGAUAGGGAAAGACGACGGACGCGAACCGACGGUGCUGUGGGAUAGACCGGCACCUCUUUUCAUAGUUGGGUCCUCAAAAGACUCCCCUGCGUCACUACCACUUACCCCUCGCAGGAGAGCAGAGUCGUUGGUUCCGUCGGAGCUGGGCCCCGUCGCGACCUCGCAUGUCCUAUCUACACAAUGGCAUGAAUACUCAGAUGAAGCUAUACAGUCGGCUGUGUCCAGUCUGAAGGCCGCCCAGCCGUCUGCUGACGGUGGCAAUAAUAUGUAUCACCCAGUAAUCCGGGUCCUCUCGUCCGCGGUUCAUAACCUCACCAAGGCAAGAAUAGAACUAGAAGAGAGUCGCAAUAAACUCCGAGAGAAGGAGGAAAUACGUCGCAACAAAGCAGAGGACCUCCUGAAGAAGCUUGAGCCCUCAGAGCAGGACAUUGCAAGGCGCGUCCUGGAGACUUUGUUCUCGGACGAAGCGAAAGAAGAAGGCAAGGACAAGAGUAUCCCCAAUAAACACAGUUACAUAUCCCUGAAAGACUCCUUGUCGGAGGCUAUCUCGGAUGAAGUUGGCCGCCCUUCGAGCAUGCCACAAUCCAUCACCGUCCCUACAAUGUCCACUGUGGACGAGGAUGCUGCCACCAUCGCUACCUCCGUAACCACGGACUACGGUGCUAGCACCCUCAGCGAAGCCCAGCACCUGGCCGACCAUACAUCGGACGCUACCCCGGAUGAAGCUACCGACGUCGCAUCGACCAAGUCCGAGAAGGCUGGGAUCGGCGAAUGGAUGGGCACAUGGUGGGUCAAGGGCAAGACCCGGAGUCGCAGUCCGGGGGUGUCAUCUCUGGACGAACAGCGCAGUAGCCAGGACAAGGAAACCCAGGCUGAACAACCAGAGAGCGCGGUGUCUUCCCCUGCGUCUGAGCAGCCUCCUCACAAGUCAAACAGGCGGAAAGCUGCAAGGAGCGUGUUUGGCACUCUUGGAUUUUCCAUUCUCAACCCUGCCUCUGCGUCUAACAGAAAGCUGCGACGUAACUUAUCUGUAACGGAUGUGAACACGUUCGCCGAGCCAGGCUCGUCAGAUGACCGGGUAUCGAUAUCCGUCUCAACUUCAAGCACACCUCUGCCGACGCCGUCGACGCUGCCGGCGAUACCGUCCGGUGGCGACGUCUUCAAAUCAGGUCCCGCUAGCUCGGCCUCAUCCGCUCAAGUGCAGCAGGAUUCACUCGUGCAGGGAUCAUCUUUACGAGCAAUCGUUCACGCGACUCGCGUGAUGACCUCUGAUCCGGGCAGCAUCUUGGUCGACCAUGGGCGCGAGACUGGCCCGCUCAUAUCAGAGCUGGCCAUGGAGCUAGUGCGUAACGCCCGGGAACAAGGCUUGAUAUUCCGAGAGAAGCCUAAGGAGAAGAAAGAGAAGAAGAAGUUGGACGGCGAAGCCCUUCCUCAGCCCCAGCCGACUCUUUCUAAGCCUGGAAUUGACCCUGCAGAGGUUCUGAGCCGUGUCGCGGUCAGCAAAGGAGACGCUGCGAUUUCUAGACAUAGAGCGCGGAAACCUUCUAUUGGUAUCCCAUCCGCCCUGUCUUCCCCUAUUUUCGGUACGUUCUUCUCGCAGCAACAGAAGAGGCUCUCGACCAUGGUCGAUGCGAUACAGAAGAGUGCCGGCGUCGUGACCGAAACAUCAACCGCAGCACAACAAGCGUCUGUUGGAGGUGCUCCUGCCAGUGGCAGCAAGCCUGGGUCUGUGCCACUUGAUGCUAUCAUUCCCGUGAAUGCCAAACCGCCCACACAGUACCUAUCACGAACGUAUACAUCGCUUGCGUCACGCGAUUUCCGCCCGUCUAUUCCUCUGCCAAACGCCGCGCAAAGGUUCUCUGUGUAUCACGACGAAGAAAAUCAGGAACCACUGACAGAUCGGUAUGGCUUCAUGUACGACGUGUCGCAGUACGACUUUUUGCUUCUUCUUCGUGCCAAGGAGUGUGGCAAUACGGCUCCCGCUUGUCUCACUGGCAUAAAAAUCGCAGAUCGAUUUGAGGACGGCAACUGGUCUGACGAAGAUGAAGACGCUCCUAAGGACCAUAUUGAAGUUGUGAGGGAACGGUGUGAUUGCAGCGGCGGUGAUUUGAUGGACUGGACCAGUACGGUUAGCACGCGUUCAACCAUAUUUACUUCAGGGGAUGACUCUAGGUCCACACAUUCUCGCAAGUCGCGCGCGACGUCUCCGGCAUCUUCGAAAGGCCGCCCGCGGUCGUCCACUCUGACCCCUAACCCUGUCUCCACCGUGCAGACCCUCCGAUCGGUUACCUCUAUUCUGUCCAUUGAAGAUGGUACACCACGGCACGUCUGCGCGAAUACCAUCCGGAGACUGCUGGCACAGUUGACAGAGAUCCAUGAUCAGCACCAGACAGCGCGUCGGAAAGAGUGGGACGCCUUUGUCAAUAAACGACGCAAAGCAAGGGCUUCGAAGGGUACUACCACAUCCGUUGCUUCGACUUCUGCUGGAGCAGCGGCCGUCUUAGGUCUCGGGAGCUCUGUGGAAGAAGAGGAGCUAUCACAUUCCGAAGGUUUGAUUGGUUUUGCGCAGCUGGGAUUAUCGUCGAGUCGCGACGAGAGGAGGGAAUUCGAUCGUCUUGUUCGCUCCGGUAUUCCUCUCGUAUACCGAUCGAAGGUGUGGUUUGAAUGCAGCGGAGCAUUGGAAAUGAUGGAACCUGGGCUUUUCCGGGAUUUAUUGUCCGAACCCGAUGGAGGCAGCGGGGUAUCCAUAGAGAUCGAAAAAGACGUUGGACGCACUAUGCCGCUCAAUAUUUUCUUCGGCGGUGAUGGCACUGGUGUCGACAAAUUACGAAGGGUAUUAACGGCCUAUAGUCGACGUAACCCAGCUGUCGGCUACUGCCAAGGAAUGAACCUCAUUACAUCGACCCUUUUGCUAGUCCAUGCCGAUGAAGAGGAAGCGUUCUGGGUCCUCGCGGCCAUCGUCGAGCGUAUCCUUCCGGAGGAAUUUUUCUCGCCAUCGCUGCUACCUUCUCGGGCAUGUCCGUUGGUGCUAAUGGAUUACGUGCAAGAAUUCAUGCCGAAACUACAUGCUCACUUGAACCAACUCGGUGUAGACUUACCGGCCAUAUGUUUCUCAUGGUUCCUUUCCCUCUUCACGGACUGCUUACCAGUUGAGACCCUCUUCCGCGUCUGGGACGUAUUUCUCGUGGAUGGUAUAGACGUUUUGUUCCGCAUUGCGUUGGCAAUUCUUCGCAGCAGUGAGCAAGAACUAUUGCGUUGCGAGUCUAUACCUGCUGUGUAUGUCUCGCUUGAAAGUCUCCCCACGCGGAUGUGGCAGGCAGACAAAUUACUGCAGCAUGAGGCUGAGCUUCGCCCGUCUCUUACGCGCUCGGAUAUACGGAAGCGUCACGAUACCCAUGUGGCAGCUCUCAAGCAAUGCCUUACAUAGAUCUUCCGCAUGUUGCCCAUGUACUCUAAACUUUGUGGUCGUAUUCUACCAUCACGCUGCAUCC